UGUUUUUGUCAGUAUGUCUCCCAGCAGCUGAGAACAGACCAAUGGGCUUAACAUUGUCCACAUAUUUGUCUUUACUAUUUGAUAGAAACUCACCCAAUCAACGUAAAGUCUGGACUAAUACGAGCCACUUCCAGCCAUUAAAGGCACAGUGACUUUAUUCCCGUUAGAAGCCCGUCAGAUAUCAGAAAAAGGCUGUUGCUUUAACAAAUCUGAAAGCAGAACAGGAAGGAUGUUUAUCACUCUCUGCUUCCUAAAUGUCUUUUCAGUUCUUUAUCAUCCACACAGUGCAAACACUCUUCAUUGUAUUUGCUUGAAUUUGCGGCGUCAUGGACAGUUUUUUUAUAGAUAAUGGAGCCAAUGAACUGCAAACAGCAGACAGUCAGUCACAGCCUGCUGUCCCACUGUCUCCCUCUAUUUAUGUUCCUCCCACACUGAGAGAAGGUGAGUGUUACCAUGUCUUCAUUAGCUACAGUAGCACUGACUGCCAGUGGAGCCACUCCCUCAUCGACCAGAUUGAGUCCUGCGGCCUGCAGGUCUGCUACCAUGAUCGUGACUUCACUCCUGGCCGCACCGUGUUGGAAAACAUGUCCGACUGCAUCCAGGAGAGCCAGAAGGUCCUGCUGGUUGUCAGUGCAGAGUUUGUGAGGAGCCGCUGGUGUCUCCUGGAGGCCAACAUGUCUUUGUUCAGAGACUGCCUGCAGAGGAAACCCAUUGUCCCAGUGCUGCUGGAGCCAGGAGUCUCUGUUCCUCUCCACCUCUGCCACCUCACCUACCUGGAGGCCAACGACCCCGAUUUUAAGAAUAAGCUACUCAAGGUGCUCUGCACCCCCAACCAGCAGCUUCAAGGGUCCACUGUGGUGCCCUACCAGCCUCCUUCAAUCUACAACGGGAAGGUCCUGCAGCCUUUGAAUGCUGUCAAUGAGGAGAGACUCAACAAAUGGGAUUGUGGUCACUUCAGUGACAUGGAGGUACCAGAUCAACUGCGCCUGAUCAUUGAGGACCAAGAGAAGUACAGAAAGGCUGUGAGGAUGAUCAACAGUGUCUCUCAGAAUAAAGUGUGGUUGCGCCAACUCUGGGUUAUAGUACUGAUCUACAUUACUGCUGUAACAUUUUUUAUAUUAUUGUUCAUGUGUGUUACAUAUUUAACAUUAGGAGUUUCUUUUGCCGACAUGUUGCCCCAACAGCUCACAUACCCUACUUCAGUAUGGGUACUUACCGUUCUUUCUCUCUACAGUAUUCCAUUGGGGUUAUUUAUCAAUAUCUGUCUCUGGAUGAAGGAGGCAGAGAAGAACAUUCUGAAGGAGAUGCAGAAAGCUGCAGGCCAGGCAAACUUAAUCCUCUCGGAGGAGAAGGUGUUGAUGGGCAGUCGAUCCAAUUCAAAAAUCUAUCUUGUGUAUGUUUCUCUGGACGGUUGCAAACAUGAGUUUGCAGAAACAUUUGCUGACCAGGUUUCUGCUGAAGAUAUGUUUCAAAGAGCUCUGACCUUCUUCUCAUCAGGUUACGCCUGCUGCCUUGCUAAAAGACACUUUCCCUUUCCCAUUCCCCAGCCCGGCUCCACCGGUCACCUGGAGGGAAGCGUGUGUUUCUGUCAGUAUGUCUCCCAGCAGCUGAGAACAGACCAAUGGGCUUAGCAGUCACAGUAUGGACCUUGAAUGGACCUCUAAUGUAUUAGUAACUCAAUGCUAGUACCAGUUAACAGGUGGACUGCCCGCUAACAGUAUCGUGUAGCCAAUGAACUGCUGAACCUUUAGACAUGUGACAAGCUUGGUUUUAUUUUUACAAAUGUUUUUGUUUUUUCAUAAUAGUAUUAAAGACCAACCAUUUUAUCUGGGAUCCUUUUAAAUAUUCCCUGUUCAUGGCAUCUCAUUUUCCACAAAUGUCCUUGCACCAUUUUAUGCAGUUAUACUUUAACAACUGUGUUACUUGUCAUGUUUUUAUAUUUGAUAAUUUUCAUUCUGUUUCAAUUUCAAAUUACUUCAAUAAAAUGUAUUACAUCACAAUCA